UACCCGGAUCCCGGAAGUGCGUAGUCUGUUGUCAGCGCUUGUGCUUUUUGACCACCAUAGUACAUCGGAUGUUACAAAUAAUUGCCCGAAUACAUGCAUCGUUUAUCAUAUUUGCGCACAGUAGCACACAGCAAAAAUAUAAUGGAUGAGUGGCCAAGCAGAGAGUUGAGGAUGCCAAUGAAUGCCAAGAAAGGAGCUGAGCAAUUGACGAGGCCGUGACGCUGCUGGCCCCCAGGACAUUCCUGACUACAGACCUUCAUCAUGUUGGUGACCGCGUAUUUUGCUAUAGUUGUACUACUGGCUCUGUGUGUUGGCCUGGAGCUGACAGCACGCCGCAUCACUCCCCCUGAAGAGAAAUCCUCUGCCCUCGCAAACCCGGCCUUUCGCCGCUUCCAGACCAUAUUCCUGCGUGCGUACCUGCUGGCCUUAUGGGCAGACUGGCUCCAGGGCCCUUACCUUUACAAACUGUACCGACACUAUAGCUUCCUAGAAUCUCAAAUAGCUAUUUUAUACGUAUGUGGCCUGGCCUCCUGCGUCCUAUUUGCCCCGUUUUCAGGCUGGCUUCCUCAAAUUUUGGGUCGCAGGCAAGCAUGUCUUAUUUUCUGCUUGUCUUACUCUGCAUGUUGCCUCACUAAGCUUUCCAGAGAUUACUUUGUCUUAAUUGUUGGACGAAUUCUCGGGGGGCUGUCUACAUCCUUACUGGCAACCACAUUUGAAUCUUGGUAUGUUUACCAUCAUGUUGAGGUACAUGAUUUCCCAAAAGAGUGGAUUCCCAGUACUUUCACUACAGCAGCUACAUGGAACCAUGGACUUGCAGUUGGGGCAGGGCUGACAGCUAACCUGUUGGCAGAGUGGCUCCACCUUGGGCCUGUAGCUCCCUUCCUUCUGGCUGUCCCAUGUUUGAUUGCCUGUGGUUGGAUAGUUCUGACUGACUGGGGCAAAGAAGAGGCUACAGGGAAUCAAGAAAGUGAUAAACCUCUGCUCUUAGGUAAUGCGACUGCUGGUGGAGGGCAUACAUCAGUAAAAUCCAGAUUCUCAAAAAGUUGCCGUGAUGGACUCCGCUGUUUAUUGUCAGACAGAAGAGUACUACUUUUAGGUGGGGUGCAGGCACUAUUUGAAAGUGUUCUCUAUAUUUUUGUUUUCUUAUGGACACCUGUACUAGACCCACACAGACCUCCAUUGGGAAUCGUCUUUUCAUGCCUCAUGGCUGCCAGCAUGUUGGGGUCCUUACUAUACCGCUUGGCCACCUCCACACACUAUCAUCUGCAACCAGGACAUGUACUGUGCCUCGCUGUUCUUAUGGCUUUCUUCUCAUUUUUUAUGCUUAUCUUUUCCACUGCUCCUGGUCAGCCUAGGCCACAUGAAUCAUUUUUAGCCUUCCUGCUACUGGAGUUGGCAUGUGGACUCUACUUUCCAGCUGUUAGCUUUCUCCAAGGACGUGUAAUUCCAGAGGACAAGCGUGCAGGGGUACUUGCCUGGUUCAGACUGCCCCUUCAUCUCCUGGCCUGUCUGGGACUACUAGCGUUGCACGGAGAGGUAUCGGGAACGGGAGGAGGAGAAGGAGGGAGUGGUACCAGGCACAUGUUUGGAGGUUGUGCUGUCAUGAUGCUGGCUGCAUUGAUGGCUGUUGUUAGUUUGUUCACUUUUGGCAGGAAUGACACUGAUCUAAAACUUGAAGGUACAAGAGAAGGAGACAUGUUCUGAACUUACCGAGUUACUGUUCGAAUUAUUUCACAUAUAAUUGCAUUAUAAUAAAACUUUUUUUCACUGUAUGUUUUGCCAAACAUGGAUUUAAGGAUUGGGCUGUAUUAGAAAUUGUGUUUUAUUUUUUAUUUUAUUUGGGGACUAGUUUGGUUGACUGGGUAUUCAGUUUAUUCCCAUUACAAUAUUUAAGAUUGUUUUAAGAAAUGUUACAUGUGUAGUCUACAUAUCAAACUUCACCUGAAAUUCAACAAACAAAAGCAAAGAAAAAAUGUCAUAUAAAAAGUUUUUUUUUUGCAAUGUACAGUUUUCAUUAUUAAUUUGUGGGGGUCAUUUGUAUUAUUUCCCUUUUCUGUUCAGAAUAAAUGAAUAAAAAGGAAACACCA